UCUCCACUCCUCUCCCCCCCUAUCCUUGCGCCCCCCCGUGCAUACGUAAAUAUGUUACAGCUCCCUCGUCUAUCGGAAUGGUUCUCAGACGUAGCGUGUUGCUCGAUUAGUUACUUGGUUAACCGUGCUCAGCUCCCUCCUGUGCGCUUUUUCUGGCCUAGGUUCUUCCCUCGCGAUCCCUUCUCCGUCCAAUCGCCCAAGCGGCACCGGGGGGCCUACAGGGCCGUGAUCAGAGAUUGCAGGGUGACCCGGCAGCCCAGCCCUCUUUUCUUGAUCCGUCUGGGGCCACUCGUUAUUUCCAGCCAUUGGGGACUAGCAAUUGCUAGUCCUUACGCCGCUGGCUGGUCAGCCGAACCGACCCGUGUACUCAUGAGCGCAUCUUGUUUGUCUGCCUGCGUAAUUGCAAUCUGCACCCGUGUGAACUCUCGUAUUAUGUGUCAGACCCGGGAGGAGGAGGAGGGAGCUGUCUCUCGUCCGUCCGUGCAUAUGAAGGAGGCUAGAAGAUCCUUCUCUCCCCGUGGGAUAGGCCAGGAUAACCACAGUCUAUCCUGUCCUCUGGUGGCUGGGGUAGCAGUAGCAACGGCAACACCAACCACCUCUACAGUGUCCCCUAAGCUUCCCGAAGCCGUCAGCAGCUCUCGAUCGGCUACGAUGCAGGGCGAAUCACGGCCGAGAACUUAUAUGGUCACCAACCUCCCCGAUGCCCUCUUUUUGCUGACCAUCCUUAUGGUGUGUCUAUAUUAUGCUACCAUGUAUGCUACUAUGUAUGCUACUGUGUAUGCUUCCUGCAUCCAAGCAAGGCAUCUUCCGUGACGCGUCAUAUCGUGGAUUGCGCUCAUUGGAUUGGGAAUAUGCAGUCUACCUUGGGAACUUAUGCACGUCGAUGCAAGUUCCGAGCUGAAUCUCUCUUUUUUUUCUUGGAUACACAGAUUGUAAAACAAGUCCGGAGCUCCCACACCCCGUCUCAUCCCUGGCCCGUAUCUGCAGUAUCGAGAUAUAUACAUGCACAUACAUCCGUAACCUAGCCACAGCACCUCUAUGUCUAUGUAUCUGUAUGUAUGUAUAUGUGUUAUUAGUAGGCAUACGGUAUUAUGGGUGGGUGGAUGGACGGAUGGAUGUGCAUAUGUAUGGGGCCUAGUGGGCGCAAAUCUGGUACCGCGGAAA